AUGACCCGCGACUCCGAAGGGUCCGAGCCAGAGAUUGUUGCGGUCAAGUCUCGCCCAUCACCAGAUUCAUCGUCUCGCAUAGACCAAUCCACAAAUCAUCCGCAAGAUGCGUCUAUCCAGCUACUCAAUAUCGCCCUCGGCAGCUGGAAGUUGAAUAAUGGCGCGGUGAUCAAGCCAGGCGACACGGUAGAACUACACAGUCCGUCCCAGCAACGCAACGACAUGCAGAGUGGAGAUUUUCUCCGCGUGAUGCAUAUCAUCCAAAACUUGGCAACAGAUGAUGUCCGACUUCGGGGCCAUCGCAUGCGCCGCACGAAAUACUUUGGGCACUUGAAUGAGCUUGCCAUAGUACUGCAAGUCAACGAGGAUGAUAAACGCCCACCUUUUGUUGCUGGCAUAGAGGAUGUUGACGUUGAAGAAGCCAUGUGUCUACGCGAAUGCACGCUGACCCACAAGCCGUAUCCGUUUCUCAACUUCCAGUCAGAUGGCCGAUACGCAUUUCCCGCAACUAUGACGAAAGAUCAGAUAAAGCGCCAAAUCUUCCAUGGUGGGAGGUUAACCUGUCGUCUGGUCAAUGUACAGUACAUGCAAGGUCGAAGCACAAAGUCAUACAGCGGCAUUGUCCGUCAUCUGUACGCCCAUGAAGCAGAAAAGCUCCAGCACUCCAAUGUCCCUUCACAAACCAGCCUAUCACGCAAUGGCUCUAACACCGUUGAAGUUGACGACACCGACGAUUGCGUCAUUAUCAGCAAAAGCACUUUUGCCGGUAAAUAUCCUAUAGGCGCUGAACCUGACGUGGAAAUUUUUGACAAGGAGCCACCGAGGCCAAUCUCUCGACAUACCAUGGUCAAAGAUCGUCUCACAUUUGGCGAUGCUUUCUGCGGCGCUGGAGGUGCAUCGCAAGGCGCCUUACAGGCUGGCUAUAACGUCUGUUGGGGCAUAGAUAAAGAUGACCACGCCAUUGAAGCAUACAGGUUGAACCAUCCUGGCGCCUAUUCAUUGGCAAUGGAUGCGCAUGAUUUCCCACCAGAGAACAUCAGCAAGAAUGCCUGGAGGGUGGAUGUCCUCCAUUUGUCUCCUCCCUGCUGUUAUUUCAGCCCUGCUCACACCACUGACGGACCAAACGAUCAGUCAAACUAUGACGCUACCUUCACUGUUGGGCCAAUCUUGAGAAAAAUUAAGCCUCGUGUAGCCACGCUGGAGCAAACGUUAGGCAUAGUUACGAACAAGCAACACCACAAAACCUUUCUUACGCUGCUGUGUGAGAUUGGGCAUGCGGGGUACGAUUUGCGCUACAAACGCUGGGUUUUUUCAGAACUCGGCCUUGCGCAGAAUCGCAAGCGGCUGGUGGUCAUCGCCGCUAGACGCGGCACGCCUUUGCCUCCAUUUCCGAACCCCACCCAUGGCCCUUGUGGCAGUGGUCUGAAGCCCGUGGUCUCGAUCGCGCAAGCACUCUAUCCGAUGCAGCGUUUUGGACUACGUGUCCAUGACCCAUAUCAUAAGCUACGACCAUUCCAUGUGCCAAAACCCGCCUACAGUCCCGAUUCACCCCUGAAGUCGUGUAUUACUACGUCAGGAACGCCGGACCCGCAUCCUUCUGGUACCCGGAACUUCACGACCCGAGAACUGUCUCUGCUCCAAAGCUUCCCCUAUACAUAUCAGUUUGUGCGAUCAAACACACAGGCCAAGGUCAAGAUCGGAAAUGCUUUUCCGCCCGUGGUAGCCGAGGCAGUGUUCCGGACAAUCGCAAACACGCUUAAGGCUGUCGACAGAGGCAUCGUCGGAGUACAAGACAACCUCGAUGAGCUGCAGUUGGAAUUAGGUUUCGACGACGACAACGACAGUGCGCCCGCGGGCACGAGGGGGCCACGGCGGAGGGGGCCUCGAGACGAGGACGAGGUGAUUGACUUGGUGGGUGCCGACGAAGUCAUUGAGCUGCCCAGCGAUGAGGACGAGCUCGCAUGA